GGGCUCCGGCCAUGGCCCAUGGCAGCGCCGCGGUCAUGCUGAAGUGCGUGGUGGUGGGGGACGGCGCCGUGGGCAAGACGUGCCUGCUGAUGAGCUACGCCAACGACGCCUUCCCCGAGGAGUACGUGCCCACUGUCUUCGACCACUACGCAGUCAGCGUCACCGUGGAGGGCAAGCAGUACCUGCUGGGGCUCUACGACACCGCCGGGCAGGAAGACUAUGAUCGUCUGAGACCUUUAUCUUAUCCUAUGACCGAUGUCUUCCUUAUCUGCUUCUCAGUGGUAAACCCUGCUUCAUUUCAAAACGUGAAGGAAGAAUGGGUACCGGAGUUGAAGGAAUAUGCACCUAAUGUUCCCUUUUUACUAGUAGGAACACAGAUUGAUCUUCGUGAUGACCCCAAAACUCUGGCAAGAUUGAAUGAUAUGAAAGAGAAGCCUUUAUCUGUGGAACAAGGACAGAAAUUAGCAAAAGAGAUAGGAGCCUACUGCUAUGUGGAGUGUUCAGCUUUAACACAGAAAGGACUGAAGACUGUUUUUGAUGAAGCUAUUAUAGCCAUUCUAACUCCAAAGAAACACACGGUGAAGAAGAGAAUAGGUUCGAGAUGCAUAAACUGCUGUUUGAUCACGUGAGAUACAUUUGACAAUGGCCAGGCUUACUGUGAAAUUCUACUGAAUUUAAAUACAACGCAUUAAGUACACAGCAAACUUGUUUGAAAGCUAAAAUAAUGAUUCUGCCUUCUACAACCAGUGAAAUCCAGAGGAAUACAAUCAAAAUCAAUGAACUUUGUAAUAGGAAGCCACCACAUCUGUUACAAAUAUUUUAUUCAGACUGGAAGGUACAAUCUCUCAGGGUUACAUAGUCUAGAGGAAGCAAAAAGCUGCACCAUGUUGAAACAGCAUCUGUAUGAUGCUAUUGAGUGGAGGUGCUUGGCCUGUAAUACUCUAAAUGAAUUUGGAUAGUCGUCUGUUUUGACUACACAUAUACAGAUAUAUCUAGAGGGGAAAAAAAAACAAAAAAAAACAACAACAAAAAAGAAACUUUUGCACAGUCUGUAUGGAAUCUGCACAAAGAAAUACCUUGUCUCUCUUUGCGCCAGUUAUCUGCUUUUGUAUGUAAGCUGCUUGCGGUUCCAGUGUAUCCACAGAGGUGCAAUAAUCAGACCAGCCAUAUAGCCAAAGGUAGCUCCGAGGGAACAUGAAAUGGGCCAUACCUGAGGGGAGAAUGCAAGGGAAAAGCAGACAAUGAGAAAAAUUGUUUGUGUUUUUUGUACUUUGUGAGCACAAAUUCUCAGUGUAAUCUAGGUACUGAAAGACAGUGGAGUCUUAUUCUACUCUAAAGCUUGAUGUGCUUUCCUAAAAAUGCCACAAGUAUAACAAUCAUACGUGCAUCUUCAUGAACACUAAAUGCCGUGGUACAGUUUUGCUAUUUUUUAUAUUAAUAUGUAUUAAAAUGUAACCAGGCUUCUGGCUGUUGCAGAUCUUAGUUUGAUGUUCCCAAAACUACGUGAAAAACUUACUAGCAUUUAUAUCCCCCAAAGUGUUCAGCUAACGUAGCGUCCUGCUGAACACACCUUGAAACCUACAGAUUUUAUUUUUUGUGACAGUUAGACUUGAGGAUCUUUGUAGGUCCCUUCCAACUGAAACUAUUCUAUUCUAAGUCUGCCUUUUUCCAUUUUUCCUUCCAAUCUUUCAUGGUAUUCUGAAACUUUCAGAGGUGUGUCUAAAUAACCUAAUAAUACAAUAAGGCCAGAAACUGAGAUGAAUAGAGGGUUGUUUUUUUUUUUUUUUAGGCUUGAAAAGUAGGCAGAGGGAUGAAUUCCCCUCUGGCUAGAAGAAGGAAGCAAACUUAAGUCUCGAAACUGACUGAACAUCUUGCACCCAGUUCAGGAAAAAUAUAAUAAGCCAGUAUGUUGAAGACUCCAAGAGAGCUUUCAUUAUAGGCUCUAUUUCCUAACAUAAAAACAGGGAACUGACUCAAUACAGCUGACUCACACAAAGCAUCUAGUAUUGAGGCAAAGAAGUAAUGGAAUCCUUCCCACCACCACUGUCAAAUUGAUUUUCAGGGAGGAUGGGCCAAAAAAAAACUGUAAACAUUCUGUACUCGGAUGUAGCAUAUUUUAAUGUCAACUGCGUGUUGCAUUUGAUGAAGGUCCCAACUAAGUUGGUGAUUGAAAAUAUUGUAGAAUAAACUGAAUUCCCACCUCUCUUCAAAAUUCUCCAUUGUAUAUUGCAGGGACAAUUUUGCACAUCCUGCUGUACAGUCCUUAAUCUAGUACAGACUGCACUGUCCUAUUCUUUGUUUUUUAAAUUAAGGGGGAUAUUCCCCUUCUAUAGUACUUGAGACUGAGAAAUGCACUAGACAUUAAAGAAAAUAUCCACAUCUCAGUGUCCAGCCUUUUUUUCUACUUCAUUUUGACAGGCAAUUCAUGAGAAUCAAAUGAACUUGCUCUUAAUGGUACUGGUUUCUCAUUUUCCUAGAUCUGAUUAUUUUCUUUACUCCAUUAUCGCAGGAAGAAAUAGAUUUAUUCAUGUCCUUCAAUCAUGGGAAUUUUAACUAGGAAUAAGAGUAACUUACUUUUGUCCUCUGCUGUUUCAUCUUCACAUUCCUUAGCAUUUGCAGUUUUAUAUAUUAUUUGGAGGUCUUAAGGAGUGUAGCAAAGAUGACUAUAAACAAGGUGCCUUAGGUACUCUUUAUUGACCUUGUUUCAUUCUUCCAUUUCCAAACAUUCUAUCUCUGCUAUUUGGUUUCAAUGCUAGAAUGUUUUGGCUGUUGCCUCUCAAACCAAAGACUUGCUUGUUUCAAUUCAGCUAACAGUGGCAUUGUAGAUCUUCUAUAAAAAGCCUUGAGAUGCUUUGGCACAGUAGGAUAUUAUGUAUAUUUAAAACUCACAUGACUUUGUGGCCUUGGCUAAACUUAUGCUUCAGGUAGAUCUUUUCAACUUUUAAAAGAAAUGUAAUCAAGUUGUUUCUAACACUUUGCAGGCUAUUUUAAGUGUCUAAAGGACAAAAGCAAAAAAGUCCCUGAGACCCCAUUACUCAGAAACGUUCAAUGGAAACAGCAGUCAAACUUUCUUAUCCACUGGUGAAGUGAAAUACCGUUCUAACAAAACUAACAACAGAAGCUUCAUAACUCAGUGGUCUUCUUUUGCAUCAAAUUCUCUGUGAGUGAUCAAUGAUCCUUCAUUAAAUUUUACCUACAUUAGGUGAAUCUAUUGUAGCCAAAUUGCUUUUCAGAAGUAUGAGUAGAUGUCAGACUGAUUUUUCAUGUUCCCUUAGCCAGUAAGGUCAAUAUCUCUGAUGACCCAUUCGCUCUGUAUUUUUUGGUAUCGUAUGUAUAGUGAGCAAUUGUUGAAAUGAUUAAAAUUAUCUCUGUUGAUGCUGUAGCUUCUUUUUCCUGAUUGAAUCACAACUUGGAGCACAGUUUCUCAAUAGUUUUCCUGAAUUAUGUAACUUAAUACUGAUGAUGCCUCUGUUUGCCCUCCAAAACGUUCAGUUUUUGCUUUGAUUUCUUAAAAAAUCAGUGUUACCUCACAGGCCUUCAGGCUGUCUUACUUAACACAUGACCUCUGAAAUCCAUCCCUCACCAUGGCAGAUAUCAAAGGUAAGGGGUAAAAGGGAGAAACCGUACAACACUUCAUCUCACUGACUGUGAAUGGGAUUGAAAAAGAAACAUCAUCCUUCUAGUGGCAUAGAAAAGAAGGGUACUGUAGAAAAAAAGAAUGUUACCAGGUGCCUUAUUUCUGUUAAAGGCCCAUGUGUCUUAUGCUGGAGAAAUGGCCCAAACAGUUGUAAAGGCAUUUUGGCCUUCUGAAAACUCCCUAAGCACAGGAGCCACAAGCCUGGACAUAAGAGAGUAGCUGUCUGGAUGUCACCUCUCAAGGCAGGGCAAAACAAUAAACAAGUAAUGGUACAAGCUCUGCACCUUUUAUUCAUGACCAAUGCCAUAUGGUGUAUUUAAAGAAAUCAGAGAAAUAUUAAUAUGUGGUUCUUAAGCUCAUCAGCUGCACUGAAAUAACAGCCCGUUUGUAUGCUUUACAGUCUGUAGCAAAUGUACUGCAUCACGUCCACCAAAAAAAGUGAACUGCUUUCUUUUUCAUCAGGUGCUGGCCUUGUUUUUCUGAGGUUCAGUCACUUUCUGCCGAACCUUUUUAAGUGAAAUUGACUUCUUUGAUCAAUCUACUUUUGCCUUGUCUUGCAUAUUUUCUCUUAAACUUGGUUUGGUGUUCCUGACUCAGUUCCAAGUGAUAAAAAUCUAAGCAGCUGAUAGACACCUACCAAUUGUAAGAGAUUCCCUCCAUCUCACUUGUACCCAACUCGUAAUAUAUUCUUUUCACUUUCUGAAAACUGCUCAGCUCAGUUUCUCCUACUCUGUGUUCCUUUCUGCUAUGAGGAAGCUGACAUAACCUACUCCAUCACUGACAUCAUGCUUAGGGUGGAGUAGGUGGGUCAGCAGCAGAAAAAUAAGAUAAUAGGCAACAUUACCUAACUGCAGUUUUUUUGAGGGAGAGGAGAGGAAAUUGAUCUGCAGAGAUUAAUAUGGGGAAUGUAGGAGGCAGGACAGAACAUUCUUCAGGGAACUGUUGUGAAAUACCUUGUGUAUCCCAGCAACUGGGAAGCAUCAGCUACCAUCCUCACAGCCCACUACAAAAACAGUCAGUUUAUGUACCAAAUGCAUGUGGAACCAGGCCAGUUCUAACAAUGCGUAUGUGAUUGCUGAGAAUCUGAACAGCGGCUUGGCAACAACAAAUCCCACCUGCAUGCUUAACAAGCACAGAAAUUGAAUUUUAAGGGAUAGAGCAGAAGCCAGUAGUUAACAGAAAGCAAUCCUGACUUCUGCUAUUUCAAUUUUCUUCUAGCCUUGUUUUUUUUCAUUUGGCAGUGCUGAUAGGACUUAACAGGAAUUUCUUUAGGCUAGCUAAAUAGAUACUGCAGAACUGCAAGGUUUCUAGUGUAUUUAAGAACUUAUUCUAAGAAUGAGGAGUUGCCAACCUUUCAGGAAAUAAAUGAGCUAGUUUCCUAAGUGCUCUAUAGAACACCUGUGAGCCGACUUGAGAAUACUUAACAUAUUGCAUGGGAAGAGGAGCAUGUUGCAGGAUCACAGCAAGAUGAUCCUUGCUCUGCUAUACUAUGCACAUAGCUAGUUAAAGCAGAUUUCUGGCUGCAUGACAGUUUUCUUCUCUACUGUGAGUCCACAACAUGCAUCCCAUGCAAUAGGAAGCAUCUCAACACUGAUAAUAACAUAAAGGCCAGAUUCUUACAACGCAGAGCAGUAAAACCCUGAUAAAGGUUUUAAGGGUAUCACAAAGUAAGCAGGUGACUGCUGGUACAGAGUGGGGUAAUCUACUGCAUUUAUUAUUUAAAAAAAUAAACAGACUGGUCCCAUCCUGCAGAUAAGUGCUUUUUUCAUAUGCCUACACUAGGAUUUUUUUGUAUUGUUAUUAUUUCCAAAGAUCUGUUUCUGGCUGUCAAUUAGAAAGCUAUGUAAGAUUUUUAUUUCACUUAAGAACUGAAUAAAUGAGCACAAUGAUUUUCCCUCUGUUUCUAACAUGCCUUAAAUUACAGAUUGUUUAGUCUGCACUGUCUUAAAAUUUUCAAAACAUAUUUUUAACCCAUUUUGGUUGUGUGAAUGUUAAGUAAAAGUGUCUUACCACAUUGUACAGAAUGUGUAUGUUGACAAGCACGUGCUGUGGAGAAGAAAGUGUGAAGACUUUUUCAGGCUGGCAUUUGUAACCAGAAGUUGGUUUUGUGGAUUUGUGUUCUAAAGACCUAGCAAGCUUGGCUGCCUCUGAUUUCACCAUUAAGGUUUACACUAAGAAAACAUACCUUUAAAUAAACAAUGAUAACCCCACUGAAGUGGAACGGGCUUCUACCUCUCUUUAAAACAAACAAACAAAAAAACACCCAAAAUCAAACACUUCCCCCAUCCCAGUGGAUAUUAUCACUGCUACUCUUCUGAAGCAACUUCUUUUACAUCAAAAUAUCUGCUGAGGUUAAUAGAAGCUAAAGCAAAUACAAGAAUGAUAUUCUCUCAGCUUACUUAAGAAUAACAACGUAGCAUGAAAGUUUAUGGUUCUGGUUCAGCUUAGUUAAGUAACCACCAAAAAUUGUGCCCAUGAUUCUCCACCAACUCUUUUUCAGGUUGCAACUAUCCAAAAGGUAUCUAGGCCAACCUUCAGCCAUACUGGCUAAACUACAUGGCAGUUAGGCAACUCAAGUUAUAUCAGCACUACGUUAUGUUACAGACAUUCAGUAUGAAGUAGGAACUCAUAUUUCAAUGUCAUUUUCACAUAUGAUACAAAAACACUGUAGACAAGAUACAGUUUCAAAGUCACAUUUUAUCAUCAAUAACUACAGAUCAAAAUUAUGCUAUGAGAAAAAUGGGUAGGCAUGAAAACAGUGAGCUUAAGAUGUUUUAAAAAUCUGGUGUCAAAAUAUGCAAGAAAGCCAGGAACUUUACUCUUUGCUAAAUAAAGUUUGUGAGUGAUGUAUAGGAUGUCUGGAAAACUAGUUCUACAGCAUACAGAGUAUACUGACCAGGUUUUCAUCAUUAAUUAUACCAUCUUGUUCUGCAACUCAGUUACCUCAGACUGUGCAAAGAAAGGAUGUGUCACUUUGUGUCUAGUACCACCUAAACUAUCCCACUCAGUUUCAGCAGUGUUGUGCUUUGAGGUGCCACUUCUCAGAUGACACACAAAGCUCGGAUCCUAAUCACUCGUAAUUGCAGCAUCAACCUGAAAGAGUCAAUCUGGAAAGAAAACCACAACUAAGCAACUGCAGCAGGAGUUAUUUCCUUUUUCUUUGCUGAAACUAUUCUAACUAACCCCAAUCCUUACACAACCGUGCAUCAGAGGCAACUAGCUAUGGAUGCAUAACUCUUGAAAACUUCUGAUCAUCAUCUAGAAUAGUCAAGUGGUCACAAUUAAACCCCACAAAUUAUUUGUAGAAUUUCUUAGGAAUUUGACAGCAGGCUCAAGACACUGAAAAAUACUCAUUCUACCAAUAUGACGUUUUUUUCUCUAGGAGUUUUACCUGUCUUUUUCAUGUUGUGAAAAGUAUAUUUCUUUUUUGAUACAGAAUUGUAAAUGUAGGGACUUGCUUUCCUGUACAGCUGUCCUUGUAUCUUCAGUUUUGUCUGAGAUUGGAUUAAUUCUGCAGUAUUCUCAAUUCUUCUAUAACCAGAAAGAACCACCUGGUAGGUUACCCUGAUCAACUGUUUUGCACAGUUACAAGUUUACUGAAAAGUAGCAGAGAGACAACAGGCAUGGCCAAACUCUAUGUUAAAAAGUUACUUUAUGAAUAUCAACAGAAUAAUGAAGAACAAUGAAUCAGGAUAGCAAAUGACUUUCAGCAAUAUGUUACAUGCUUCUAACAGAAAUGCUUUACAUAUUUUUGAUUUCCAUUCUGAAACAUUAUUCAGACAAUGGUCAUUUUAUUUCCAGUAUAGUAUUCCAUUCCUGCUGAGUUUCAUUUACUUAGAAUAAAAGUUGUCAGUUAUAUGCCAAAAGACACAUUUUACAUAAUUAUAUUUAAAUGUAGGGCCACUAAUCUGAAUAUCCCCUGUAUGCAAUAUUUUUCACAGUAUGAACGUGGAAAAUAAAGUGAAGAUUUUCUGAGA